AUGAGUACAGCUGCAACUCAACCGAAACAAGGGAUAACUAUGCAUCAAGUCGAAAUGCGUACAACUCUUCCUCAAGACGAAACGCCUACAUCUCUUCCUCAAUUUGAAAUAGAGACAGCCGUGCCUGAAGCGGAAAAAAGGACAACAGUACACAGAGCCGAGAUGCGUACAACUCUGCCUCAAGUUGAAAUAGAGACAGCUGUGCCUGAACCGGAAAAAAGGACUACAGUACACAGAGCCGAGAUGCGUACAACUCUGCCUCAAGUUGAAACACGUUCAACUGUGCUUCAGGCUGAAAUUAUGACAACGGCGCCCCAAGUCAAACGCGGAGAAUCUGUGCUUCAAGCCGAAAUGAAGAUGCUUGAUCCUCAAGCCGAAAUCUCAACAACUUCUGCUUCCGCUCUCGCAGAAGUUUUCCCAUUCACUCUUGUGCUUGUGCUCAUUACGCAAUUUAUGGAUUAA